AUGAAGACCUCGUGGCUUCUUCCAGCCCUCUCCCUCAUCUCAACCGCCCUCUCAGCCGAAUCAAUCCCCUUCCACGAACCCGUCGCUGCUUCAGAACAAAAACGAGCCUUUGAAGUCCUCCAAGUCCUCAACAAGCGAGUCGCUAACAACUGUCCUGGAGGCUACAACCCCUGCUCGAACCUCAACAACCUCAACGUCUGCUGCCGUACCGACGCCCACUGCGCCCGCGAUGGAGCCAACAACAUCGCCUGUUGUCCGAACGGAGCCAGCUGCACAGGCAGCCUCGCUGCAGCGACAGGAACGACAAGCAGCUUCAUGUUCCCACAGACUGCGACCGCGACGGCAACGGGCGAUGCGACUUCAACGACGAAUGGGAUUUCGAUUACGGGGUCGACUAUGAACGGUGCUUAUCCGUUUGUCCAUGUGCCGACGACUUUUGCGGAUGCAGCCACCUGUUCGGCCUAUUAUUCGAGAUGUCAGAGUGACUACACCCAGUGUACUUCGAGUUUGGGGAAUAACGGACAAUAUGCGGUUACUGUGGCUGGAAAUAACGGGGCCGGGGUUACGGUUCAGGGAGGAGAAGCAACGCCGGUGGUGUCUGCUUGCUCGAAUCUGAGGUUGCAGGCGUGCCAUGGGUUGAACUUGGGCUACUGUGAUGAUGCUUACGGCUCGGGAGGUGGUAAUGAGAAUGCGGCGGCGUCAUUCCGGGGGCCGACGAGUCUAACGGACCUUACGUUCGGGAUGGUUGUCGGUGUUGCUGGGAUGUUUAUCUGA